UGGGCCACUCUACUCGUUGUUUUCGUCUCUGAAAUCUGCACCGUGAAAAAGAUGCGCAAGCCCGUUCCAAGCGUCGACGUCCACUGAAUCUCUGAAAGUUUCAUUGCCCAGCUCUAGUACGAGGGGAUAAAGCUUAACAAAGUUUGAACAUCCGUGAUCCUAUCUACACCCCAGCCAGGCCUUGGGGAAUCGACUACCAACUGGAGGUGCUUUGGAGGCUUGGAGCUCGUCCACUGGUGGCCAUGGCGCUUGGGCUCUUCGCCACCGCCGUGCUGGCCGCGGCGGCGUCGCUCGCGGCCCACGUGUGGCUCAACUGCCCUAUCGAGCCGGUGCCGUCGCCCACGCUGCCGCCCACGCCGACUCCCAACAACCUCCUCCAGAGGCUGGAGAAGCUGGGGGAAGGGGCGCUGGACGCGCCGGAGGACGUGCACGUGGACGCGGCGGCGGGCGGCGCGCUGUACACGGCCACGAGGGACGGGUGGCUGCACAGGAUGCACCCCGGCAACGGGUCCUGGGAGCGGUGGCGCUUCGUCGGCGGCACCGGGCUGCUCGGGAUCACGCCGUCCGCCGACGGCACCAUGCUCGUCUGCGACGCUGACAGGGGACUUUUGAGAGUUGGGGACGAAGGAGUGACCCUUCUUGCUUCGGAGGUCGAUGGCUCCCCGAUCAGGUUCGCGGACGCGGCGAUCGAGGCCUCCGACGGCGCGGUCUACUUCAGCGACGCCAGCACCCGGUUCGGCUUCGACAGGUGGUACCACGACUUCUUCGAGUCCCGCGCCACCGGCCGCCUCCUCCGCUACGACCCGCGCACGGGCCACACCGCCGUCGUGCUCGACCGCCUCGGCUUCGCCAACGGCGUCGCCCUGCCGAGGGACGAGGCCUUCGUCGUCGUCUGCGAGUCCAGCAGGUUCAGAUGCAUGAAGGUGUGGCUGAAAGGGGAGAAGGCUGGCCCUGCCGAGACGUUCAUCGACAACCUCCCGGGGUGUCCAGACAACAUUCACCUCGGAUCAGACGGCUACUUCUGGAUCGCCCUCCUCCCGUCGAGGUCGCCAUGGCUGGACCUGAUCACCCGCUGGAGCUUGACGAAGAGAGUCGUCGCCACGUUCCCGGCGCUCCUCGCGUGGAGCAAGUCGACGAUGAAGGGAGCCAUGGUGGCCCAGGUGUCGGAGGACGGCGACAUCAUCCGGGUGCUCGACGACUCGCAAGGGAAGGUGAUCAACUUCGUCACUUCGGUGAGCGAGUUCAACGGGGACAUCUUCCUCGGAAGCCUCGCGACCAACUUCAUCGGGAAGUUGUCCCUGGCACAGGUGACAACACAGAAGCAGGGCACAACAGUUUCUUCGUAGAAAAAUUCAGUGAUACCAACAUCGGUUCAAACCAGAAUAAGGCCUUGUUCGGUUAAACAUAAAUUCAUUCCGGAUCGGAAAUGAUAGAAAUAAGAGACAUAACAAGAGAUUAGGAUUCAUUCCGAGUCAAAAACUAAUUGCAACAAAAUAGACUCAUCAUAGGUACAACAAGAUAUCAGGAUUAAUUCCACACCUCUAAACUCAUGAAUUGAUUC